CUUAAUUAAUUAAAUUUCUGGUAUAUUUAUCGUUUAAAUGGAUACAUUGAACAUUGAUUAUUUGCGCAAUCGGUAUUUCAGAAUAUAGGAUACAAAAUUCCAUUAAAUGUUGGGUCUAUCCUAUAUCUUGUUUGUGGUACAUGUACAAUAUUCAAGUCGAUGCGCGAUGGCUGCGUAACAUUGAGAUUGCUCCGCGGUCUUUUGUGGUUCCUCGUUGAUUUCCUUAUUUUUGUUUAUCUUUUAGUUGGCUUAAAAAUGUUAUAGAUUUUCCUAAGUUCCUUUCAAAUUGUAAAAUAUUUGUAUAUUGUGACUUUUAUAUCAAAAAUGAAGAACGCAAAAAUCAAAGCGAGACAAUGUAUAGAGAGAUUUGGAGAUCAAGGAGGCUAUUUUGAUGUUGUUGUAAGACCUAUGUUGCAACAAGGACAUGAAGGAGAAUUAUGUGGCUGGUUAAAAGAAAUGAGUUUAAUUAGAACUGUUUCUACUUGUCCACACCCUGAAUGUAAAGGAAGAAGUUUGGCUUGGAAUCAAGCAAGAAUUGUAGAUAAAUAUAGUUGGUCUUGUCCUAACUGUACAAGAAAACAGUCUAUUAGAGAAAAUUCAUUUUUUGUUGGAGUUAAAUGUGACCUGAAAAUGUGCCUUCAAUUGAUAUUAGGAUGGUGUCAAAUGAUACCUAGUGAACACACUGCCAAUUAUUUAGACAUAAAAAAACAUGUAGUUAAGAAAGUAUAUGAGAGAUGUGAUGAAGUUUCUGAAAAUUAUGUAACAAGUCAUCCAGAGGAUUGGGUUCUAGGAGGUCAAAGUGCAAUAUUAAUUGUGGAUGAAUUUCCUAAUGGCUAUAUGACUGAAAAUCCUUCUGAUAUAACUAGUGCUAAGAAACGCAACAAUAACUCUCAUACAAUAGUAUGUAUAGCGGAAGCAAAUACAAUACCAACUAGAAUGUGGUUUCAUAUGAUUGAAGCAUUUCCAGAGCCACUGAAGAUAGAUAAAUCACAAUGUGAUAUUGAUAAAUGCAACAUGGUUAAAGAAGCUUUAAAAGAGAUUGCAAAACACAGUGCUCCUGGUAGUUAUAUUGUAGCAAAUAAUCGAGCUCGUUGUUGCAGUUUUGAAUUGCUACAAGAAUUAAAACAGUAUAAAGUAAUUAGUGUAGAACAACUCCAGAAAUUUGAUCCACCAGGAAAAAAUAAACUUCUUAAUAAUCUAGAAACAAUUUGGCAAACUGGUGUUGAAAUUUGCGAAGAAAUUCAAGAAACUACACAUACUCUAGGACAGCGUAUAAUAUCAAAGCAUUUAUGGAGGCAAAGAUUCGGUACGUCUCCUUCUACAGCAUUUCAAUAUAUGCUUAAUCAUAUCGCAGAAUGUUACCGCUUUGUUUAAAUUGAUUUAUUAUUAUUUUAAAUAGCAUAUUUUUCUACACUGAAAAGCAAUAUCAAAUGCUAGUGAAUAAUUUCUUUUUUUGAUGGUAUGAUUUUGUAAAAUAAUUUUAACACAAAUUAACAUACCAUAAGUAUAAUAUUGAUUACUAAUUGAAUCGAUAUUCUAUAUCCUCUAAAAUAUACGCGUUAUGUUUUGCAUUAGCAAUGGCCUUGCUAAUAUUAAAAAAAAAUAUUCAUUACUUAUAAAUGAAAUAUAUAUAUAUUAUAAAAAAUAUCUUCAUGAAAAGAAUAUUACAAUCUAAUGUUUCAUUGAAACACGCACUUUGUGUCUUCCAAAUAUCAAAAUAUUAAUACUUUUUAAACUUGAAUUUAUAUAAUGAUUGUUAUUAGUUAGAAUUAGAAUAUAAUACAAGAUAAACUUGAAUUUGUUAAUGCACAUUUAAAACAUACAUAUAAAUUACUUUAUCAUUCAAUUUUUCUACAAAUUUAGAUCAACAAACUAGUUAUUAAAAGACUGAUGGUGAUAUUGAUAUAAUAUCAAAUUACUAAUGAAUCAAAUUAAAUUAUAAUUAUCAAAUUAUAUUUCUUCAAAAUUUAUAAUUGAUAUGCUAAUUUCAAAUACUCAAAAAAUUUGGAUUUUAAAAUUGAUGAUAAGAAAGAGCUCUUUUCUAUUUGUUUCUUAAUGUAAGUAUAUGUAUAUCAAAAAAUUAAUUUACGAUUAUAAUUGCUUAAAAUUGUUAAUUAUAAGAUUCUAUAAUAUUAAAAUAUUAAAAUAUUAUCCAAUCAUCUUAUAAAAAAUUUAAAGCGAAAUGUUUAAUAUCAGGUGCAAUUAGUACCAAUAUAUAAAUUAAAUUUAAAAUAGAAUUAGAUUUAAAAAUUUAAAUAGAACAAAUUCACAAACAAUUGUCAAUUUAUAUUGUGCUAUUAAUACUUAUAUUAGUUAUAAUACUUAAUAAGAAACUAGUUUUAUCCAAAGUUUUACACCAGUAUUAUUCUGAAUAAUAUUCUAUAAUCAUUUUAAUGUAAGUUAAAAUCACAUUUAUAUUUUGUUCAAAUUAUGGUCAGUUUUCUUUAGUUAAUGUCACUAAUUUAGUGACAGAAUAUAGCAAUUAUACAUCAGAUGUGAUAAAACUGACUUUGUGAUAUGGAAUUGUUUGUUUUCUUCGUUUUUCAAAUUAUAUCACUAAAGAAUGAAUAAAAUAUCAAGGUUGUCAAAUUUUUAAGAAGUUUUCUUAAACAAUGUGAUAAUGACGUUACUUUGUGCGGUAAAAUAUUAUAUAUUAGUUGACAAGAUAAGAAAAUUAUUUUGUAAGUUAAUAGAAUUUAAUGUACUAUAUAUUAUAUGAUUAAGUAAGGCUUUUUAUUCUUAAAUAAUAUCAUUUUAUAAGAUUACAUAACAAUAUUGAAAAACAAAAUUUUUUUAUUAAAAAAAUUAAAAUAUAUACAAUAUUUUUAUAACAAUUAAUCAUCUAGCAAUAUUGUUAUGCCUUUACAUGUUUUAUACCAAAUUGUAAUGAAAAGUUGUAACAUGUUUUAUAAAAUCAAAUCUACAUUUAAGUAUUAAAUAAAGCAAUAUUAUUUAAUA